AUGUAUCUUAUAAUUAAGAGAAAUAUAAAAUGUUGUAUGUUUUUGAAAGACAAAAGAUUUGAAGAAAUAAACAGGAAUAUAUAUUCUCAUUUUGUUAAACCCCAAAUACAAUUUUCAAGUAUUAACAACAAUAUAAAUUCUUCUACGCAGUUAAUAGUAAAAUGUAUUAAUGAAACAUAUAAAUCGAAAAAUUUUAAUAAAAUAAAAUGGAAAUGUUUAAGUAAUGAUAUAAUACAAAAUAUAAAUAAAUUUAGUGUGAAAGAAAUAUUGAACAUAAUUAACAUUCUAAGCCGUUUAUAUUUGGGAAAAAACAUUUUAAUUAAUAUUAAGCCUUUAAUAAUAGAAAAAUUAGAUAAUAUAAAUAGUAAUGGAAUAAGUAAAAUCAUUAUUGCAUAUUUAAAAGCAAAUAUUAGUGAUCAUACAUUUUAUAAUAAAUUAUGUUUAAAAUUACAAAAAGACAUAAAAGAUAUAUCUAUAUCCUCUUUAAUUAGUUUAGUAUAUAAUAUUAAUUUUUAUUCAAAUAUAAAAAAUGUUCAUAUAUAUAAUAUAGAGAAGGAAAUAUUAAAUCAUAUUAUUAGUUAUUUGGAAAUAAACCAUGCAUUUGAUCAUAUAGAAAAAUUGACAUACGAAUAUAAUAGUGAUUUUGUAAAAUUAAAAAGCAAAAAGAACGAACAAAUUUAUGAUGAUACAUAUGCUUAUAUAGAAAAUGAAUCUAUCCCCAUUAAAAAUGAAUGCACUGUGAUGGAUAGCCAAUAUAUGUGUACUAAUAUUGGAAAUGCUAUGAAUGAACAAGAAGGGAAUAAAAUUGAAAAAAAAAAUGAAGAACAAAACAUAUGGCUUAUGGAUAUAAAAAAUUAUAAUUUUAUAUUACUUUUGUAUUCGACUAGCAAUUAUUUGUUUAGUAUACAUUUAGAGGAUGAAAAAAUAUUAACAAUGAAUAAGAAUUUUUCAAACUAUUUAAAAAUGUGUUAUCAUGCAUUAAAUAGCUUGAUAAAUAAAAAUGAGUUUAAAAAAUUCAUAAAAGAAGAAUUAAAACCAUUUUAUUUAUUUUUAUUAUAUAAAGCAAUGGUGAAUACAAUAUAUAUAUAUGAAGAUAAAUAUAUGAAUGAAAUAUUAUUUAAUCAUAUUAAAAACAAAAUAAAUAAUUUUAUAUUAUACUUAAAAAAAAAUAUUUCAAAUUUAAAAGGAAAAACUAAUGAAAUAGUAAAAUAUAUAAAUAUAUUACAACAAAACUUAAACAAAUAUUCGAAAAAUAAAAAGGCUUUUCAAGAUUAUUUUGAUAAUAAUGUUAUAUUAAUUAAAUCUCUCUUAUUAUUACUACAGCAAAAUAAUCAAAAUGACAUAAAAAAGUAUUAUCCAUGGCAUAGGGAACAAAUAGAAAUGAUACAACAAACAUUACGAUCAAUUGAAAGGGCACAAUAA